UGGGUCCGUGAAUUGGAAAGAAAUAGAGAAACCCUAAUUACCUUGUCUAGCUCCUACUUGCAGAGCUCGUUUUUCACCUUCUUUCAUCCCUCUUAAUCGAACCAGAGCACUAGAGCAAUGGUGUGGUUUCAGUGUGAAGAUUGCGGAGAGAACUUGAAGAAGCCUAAAUUACCUAAUCACUUCAGAAUUUGCUCAGCCAACAAGCUAUCAUGCAUUGAUUGCGGAGAGAUUUUCGGGCAGGAAAGCGUUCAGGGCCACACUCAGUGUGUUACUGAGGCGGAAAAAUAUGGUCCCAAGGGUCAAGGGAAAGCUUCAAAUGGUGCGACUCCUAAACCCAGUAAGAACACAAAGCAACAGCCUGAUAUUGAUAUAAAUGUUGGGUUAUCUGAACGUCCUCCUUGGUUUUGCAGUCUCUGCAAUACCAAGGCUACUAGUAAGCAGACCUUGCUUCUCCAUGCUGAUGGAAAGAAGCACCGGUCAAAGGCCCGAGCUUUUCAUGCUGCUAAGCGGCAACAAACUAAACAGAUAGAAGAAUCUGCUCAAGAUAAAACUGCCAUUAAUGGAAAUGCUAGAAAUGGUGAAGUGCCUGAUAAUAAUCAUGUUGAGGAACAAAAAGGAAAGGAGAUGCGAAAACGUGACAGACCAAGUGCCAUCUCAGAAACAGAGACUGGAAAGUUGCAAUCGAAAAAGAGAAAACUUGAUGAAUUUGGGAGUGAUGGUACUGUGAUAAUGACUGAUGGUGAUGCUACAGACUAUAUAGGCGAUGGUGUGACCCAAGUUGAUAAGGUGGUGGAAUCUGGCUGUAAGAAAGAUGCCAAAAAGAAGAUGAAGUUGAAGAGAUUGAUCAAAUCAGCCUUGAGAACUAAUCCAGAUGGGGUUUUGAAGAUGAAGAAAUUGAAAAAACUUGUUCUGAAUUCUCUCCGGGAAUCUGGCAUAACAGAUGAUAAGGCUCAACUCAGUGGCGUGCUUGAGCAAAAGAUAAAUUCAAGUUCCAGAUUUAGAGUUGAUGACAAAUGUGUCUGGCUGGUGGCAAAAGAUUGAAAAUGGAAUUGAGCAUUUUGAUUGUGUGGAAGAGAAUCUGCUAUAGGAGACAGCUGCAUCAAAUUGCAUAGCAUCCAUUAAUUAACCCGUUGAUUAAAAAUCAAGUUGAGCUGGUCCUCGACUCUUUUUUUAGACCAACAAUUUUGGGGGCCUUUUGUAGCUUGUGCUAUUAUUUAGUGCCGUCUCAUUUUUGUAUUACGCUAGGUCAGCAUCAUAGAGAAAGGAUUUCCAGAGGAUGGGCAGCCUUAUUUUAUUUUAUUUUGGCUCUUUUCAUAAUUGAUAAAUCAUUUUGAGUUCUUGUUCACAA